CAUACAAACGUGCCCAGACAGUGAUCCCCUCUUUGGAAUGACCACUUUGACAGAUCAGGGGAUGGGCCAAUAAGAGAGAGAGUGCAUGAAAGAGGGGGAUAAUGAAAGAGAGAGAUAGCAAGAGAAGGAGAUCAGGAAGCUUGCAGUGGAGGUGUUGAGACAAAAGGACAGGUACUAUUCUACUGGUGAGGAGAAAGACUAGUCAGUUGACAGAGAGAGACUGGCAGAUAGAAAGCACAGAGCAAGAUAACCUCAGAUGUGUAUUUAGUGUUGCAUUCAAAGACUAUUAUCAUCAACAAACCACUCUGGAACAAAAAAACGGUCAAGAGGAAACCAACAUCUAACCAAGAAAAUAUCUACAGUAGUCUCUACAACAGAAGACUGGAAAGAGAGCUGCUGUACUUGUUAAGACAGUACAGAGACUGUUUCAUCGUUAUUAUUCACCAGCCCAGUAACUGACCAUCAUGACACAUCAGGUCAGCCGCUCCCCGUUCCUCAAGCCCUUCUACACCAGGACCCCGGUUGGUGGGGUCAUUCCGCGAACCCAGAGACGCCACACACUCCCCGCCAGCGAGUUCAGGAACUUGACCCCACAGGACGCCAUCAGCGUGUUCGAGAUCGAGAGAGAAGCAUUCGUCUCUGUGUCUGGUGAGUGUCCACUCACUCUUGACGAGGUGCUGAACUUCCUAAGUCAGUGUCCGGAGCUCUCCCUGGGCUGGUUUGAAGAGGGCCAGCUGGUGGCGUUCAUCAUCGGCUCAGGCUGGGGCAAAGAGAGACUGGAGCAGGAGGCCAUGACCCAGCAUAUCCCAGAAACCUCGGCAGUGCACAUCCAUGUGCUGUCUGUGCACCGCCACGCUCGCCAGCAGGGUAAAGGAUCCAUCCUGCUGUGGCGCUACCUGCAGUACCUGCGAUGUGUGCCAGGCCUCCGGAGGGCCCUGCUGGCCUGUGAGGAGUUCCUGGUUCCCUUCUACCAGAAGGCAGGCUUCAAGGAGAAGGGGCCUUCUGCCAUCACCGUGCCCAACCUCACCUUCCAGGAGAUGGAGUACCAUAUCGGCGGAGCGGCCUACGCACGACGGAACAGCGGCUGCUAGUCACUGCCGGCCGUCACCACCCCACUCAUAAUCACAUCAACCCUAGCACUGGAACUCAUCCACCAUGUAAACAUAGACUCUGGUCAUCACAGUUGACCGUCCAGACCACACUAUAGCAGACAGACAGAGCCAAGCACCAACCUGGUCUCAGAGCAUUUCAUAAUAUUCUGCAAGUAAAAUCGAGACACU